UUUUUGCGCUACAUCCAAAAUUUGCAUCGUCCUACUAUUUUCUUCAUUACGUUAAAUUAUUCUUGCGAUGAAAUAUAUUUCGUUUAGUUUAGUAAUAUCUUUAAUUUUUGCUGUAUACGUUAUUAAUACAAUAUGGAAUUUAGCUGAAAUAUUUAUACCGCCCGAAUGUAGUCGUGGCGAAAGAUGUUUUUCUUCGUAUUUAUCUUCAAAUCCUUUGCAACAUUUAGUAUUGUAUACUUCUGUAAAGGAAUAUCCUUACAGAAAUGGAUACUCUGAAGCAGCAGUAAAUAAAGUUCACACUUCCCUAAGGUUCGAUUAUCGUAAGGCAGCAAAGAUGGUUGUGAAAUUAAACAUACCUCGCAGUACACGAAAUAAUGGUUCACUGUAUAUGCAUGCUGUAUUACUGGACGAAAAUCGCCUAUAUGAUGAUUUUAUUGACAUAUUCCGCCAGGAAGCAGUACAUACAUUGCCACUCAUCACAUUUAUGGAACCCCAGGCUGAAACAUUUAAUCUUUGGCAAGGAAAAGAUGAAGAGGAAAAACCUGUCAAGAAGAUAAGACCAUAUGCACAUAUUUCUACAGUAGCACCAUUGUCGAUAUUAACAGAUAAUUUAAAUCUUCCAUCCACAAAGGUUCCUGGUGAAUUAUAUCCUUACAUGAAGAUUCGCAAAGAUAAGUUCCUACCAAUAAUUCAUCACAAUGUUUUGAAGUCUCGAAUCUCUGAUUUAGAAUUAUUGACAAGUAAAACUACAGAAGUGAAUAUAACUGUAGAUGUAGCACCUACAUCUUAUGGAGUGCUGCGGCUUGCAUUGCAUGUGAGACUAGCCCUGGAGCAGUUGAAAGGUCUGGGUUUCAGUGAGAAAGAUGUGGACGAUGUUAAAGGCAUAUUCGCUGAUACAAAUUUAUAUCUCCUGUCUGCAACAGUCUUGAUCGCCAGUUGCCAUCUCCUGUUCGAUUUCUUGGCGUUCAAAAACGACGUAUCAUUCUGGAGAAGCAAACGGUCACUAGCCGGCUUGUCUGCUAGGACGGUGUUUUGGCGCGCAUUUUCCCAACUUGUUAUAUUCUUUUACUUGGUUGAUGAAAAGACUUCAUUGUUGGUGCUAGUGCCUGCUGGAAUCAGUGCUGUGAUAGAGGCGUGGAAAGUGACGAAAGUGCUGCACGUGCGCGUGUCGGUGUCGGGGUGGCGGGUGCGCGUGUGGCGCGAGCGGUCGGCGGACGCGGGCGAGCGCAGCACGGCGCGCGCGGACGCGGAGGCGAUGCGCUACCUCGCGCUGCUGCUCUACCCGCUGUGCGGCGCCGGCGCGCUCUACUCGCUGCUCUACGAGCCGCACAAGAGCUGGUACUCAUGGGCGUUACACAGUGUAGUGAACGGUGUAUACGCGUUCGGUUUCCUCUUUAUGCUGCCCCAAUUAUUCGUGAACUACCGUCUCCGCUCGGUCGCGGCUCUCCCGUGGCGAGCUUUCAUGUACAAAGCGUUCAACACGUUCAUAGAUGAUGUGUUCGCGUUUAUAAUAACGAUGCCCACCGCACACAGAGUAGCCUGCUUCAGAGAUGACCUCGUGUUCUUGGUGUAUCUGUAUCAGAGAUGGUUAUACCCAGUGGACAAGACUCGUACGGACACAGCUGCUAGUAUGGACGAGAAUCCCGAAGUGCUUGAACCAGUCAAAUCUAAAGACGACUAGUUAUUGAUUAUAGAAAUUACUAGAAAACACCAGUUUACACAACAGGACGCUACGGCAAAACAAACAACUCCUCCAUCUUGUUUGGUCAUAGUCAGUACGUCAUCAGUCAGAAGUGACAUUAGCUUGACAUUAGAGGUAUGAAAAAUGAAAUUUUUAAGUCUGGCAUAGUUACUACGUCCCGUUUUUUUAAACUAACGCCACACUUGAAAUAGCCCUUGUAGGUACGUCGCCGUUUCGACGUAUAGAGUUGACAACCCCUGCACCAAUUGCUCACUACAGGUAGCUUGUAGCUUAAUCAACUUUUAUUUAGAUAAUGUACAUUUUUCUAACAUAAAAAAGAAUCUGCCGAAAAUGACAUUUCAUAAACAAGCUGGGUUGCCACAACUCACUAGGUGUUGCCAAUUUACUUUAAUAAAUUUUCCAUGAAGGCAUAUGAUAGAAAACUGUUAUUAAGAUAUUACUAUACUUUUUACCCCAGAAAUUGGCUAUGGCAAACAUGGCAACCGUUGGCAAAGCUAGCAGGUUUCACGGUAUAUGGAACUGUUUUCAAAAUUGUGUAGACUUUUUAAUACUGGCAUAGUUGAUAUAAGGCAUAUACAGGGUGAUUUUUUUAGCAUUCCAUUAUUGCGUAGUAUAUCAAUUUGAUAAGAAAACUUACACAUUGCAAAAAACAUCCUAUACAAUUUCUAAUGAAAUAAAAAAAAAUAAGUAAUUCAAUUUUGAUAAUAAUUAGAUAAAUUAGUGUAAGCUUUGAAAUGGCUUUUUAAGAAGCUUACCAACAAUAUAAGUAGGACUAAAUUUGAAAUAUUGCGUAAAAAAUAUAAUGAAGCAAUAUUUGAUGACAUUGUAUUGUUAAAGCGUGUACGGAAAUAGCAUCACUGAAAAAAUAAAGAAAGUUUAUUUUCGUUCUAUGCUUGGAAGUUUUACAACAUCACAAAAUAUCAUAAGUGCGAAUAUUUAUUACAUUUCUUUCUUAAUAAAUUGAAAUAUUAGAGGCUCUAUUUGUUUAUUUUCGAAGCAAUUAAUUAAUCAUUAUAUUGUAAGAAGUGAAUUUGGAAAAUAUUCCUUAUUUAUGGUAUUAUUUAUUAAUUAUAUUUAUAAAACAGAUGCACAAAUAAGUUAUUUCUUGAAGUGAAUCCUCUUUAGGCGCAGAGUAAAAUUAGGUCGCGUCAUGACAAUACCGUAACGUCAUGGAAUAAGGCGACUAUUUUCGUAUCUUUGAAUCUUGCCAAAGAAGUUUCACUUCUGACACGUGUACUCGGCACACACGCUCUUUUUACUUGAUGUUAAUUAUUUGUUAUUUUUAAUAAUUAUGACCAAGCCUGAGAGGAUUAAUAUGCUAAGAUGUAAUUAUUUAUGUUUUUCUAUAAUAAACGCAAUGAGGCUUGUACCAGGAAAUGUAUUCUGCUAAAAUAGUACUAAAUGUACAUUUAUUGAAAAUAUAUAAUUAUUUAUUUUAAGUACCUAUUUGUUAUUUUUUUCCAUCAAUAUGGAUUACGUUCAUUUAUAUUUAUGAGUGUAGCAUUUAAAUGUAUAUCUAAUUUGUAUAUUAGCAGCAAAAUAUUUAAAAAAUCUCAUUGUUUGUUGUGGUUUAUUGUUGACAGUAUUGUAUAAUAGGUUGUUGUUAAAUAAAUGAAACUAGGUUUCCGCCCGCGGCUACGCCCGCGCAGUCAAAGAAAAACCCGCAUAGUUCCCGUUCCCGUGGGAUUUCCGGGAUA